AUGUCCGGCUCUAAGGACCAAAUCACCGUGCAGACGGCCGAGCCAGUAUCCCCGUCGCUGCCCAAAGACUCUGCCAUUACCGUUGUGCGAAGCAGCUCUGCAGUGCAGACGGAGAACGAGAAUGGCCCCGAGACGCCAGCUGACAAGGUUGACGAGCAGAAGAAAGGCUACUUUGCCUUUUUAAAGACCAAGGAAUUCUACAUUAUCGUGAUCCUGGGUCAACUGCUCGCAAUCGCCAAUACUUCGACCAGUACCUUUACUACUCUUCUUGGCGAAGAGGGCUGGGCAAUCCCCACCUUCCAAACCCUCCUCAACUAUGUAGUGUUGACAUGUAUUUUCACUCCUUACACAAUCUACCGUUAUGGGUUCAAGGGCUGGCUCCGUUUGUGCUACCGUGACGGCUGGAAAUACAUUAUUCUUGCGUUUUGUGACGUUGAAGGCAACUACUUUAUUGUGCUGGCAUACCAAUACACCACCAUGCUCAGCGCGCAAUUGAUCAACUUCUGGGCGAUCGUCGUCGUCGUGAUCAUCUCGUUCCUUUUCCUAAAGGUGCGCUACCAUUUCACUCAGAUCGCCGGUAUCGCCGUCUGUAUCGGUGGUAUGGGCGUGCUCAUCGCCUCGGAUCACAUCACUGGCACCAACGGCGGUGACAUCUCCAGCGGCAAUCAACUCAAGGGCGACCUGUUCGCUCUUCUGGGUGCCUCCUUCUACGGUCUGACCAACACCGCCGAAGAGUACUUUGUCAGCAAGCGACCCGUGUACGAGGUUCUUGGCCAACUCUCUUUCUACGGCUGCAUCAUUGACGGCGUCCAAUCCGCCAUCUUCGAGCGUAGCAACUACCAUACCUCUACCUGGGACGGCAAAGUGGGCGGCUAUCUUGUCGGUUUCACUCUGUGCCUGGUAUUGUUCUACUGCCUUGCACCCCUGCUCUUCCGUCUCUCCUCGGCAGCCUUCUUCAAUGUCUCGCUGCUGACCAUGAACUUCUGGGGCGUUUGCAUCGGUAUCAAGCUGAUCUACUACCUCGGUCAGCGGGCCCUCGCUGAAGCACGGAAACCCUGGCUCGGCACAAACCAAGAGGGAGGUGUUGCUGGUCUAUUCACUGCGAAGAGGCGCAUCGAGCAUGUUGUGCCUGGUGGUACAGCGCAGAGCGAACACGAGCGCGCUCUUUCGCCCGAGGCUAACACCAGUGCUGCUUAG